GUCACGCGAUAAUACAGCCUCGAGUCACAUGAAAGAGUCACCAGUGUACAGUUAUUUGCCCCCCUUCGUACUGUAUGUAGCAUUAAAUACGUUGCAUUUAAGUCUGUGGCUUGUCGGGAUUAAAGAAGAGCUAUGGACGAGGACGGACUUCCGAUUGUGGGCUCUGGAGUUGAUUUAACCAAGGUUCCUGCCAUUCAGCAGAGAAGAAUUGUUGCUUUUCUCAACCAAUUCAUCGUUCACACUGUUCGCUUCCUCAACAACUUCUCUACAGUGUGUGAGGAGAAACUUGCCAACAUUUCCCUGCGCAUCCAGCAGAUAGAAACCACACUGUGCAUUUUGGAGGCCAAGCUGUCCUCCAUCCCUGGCCUGGAGGACGUCACCAUAGAUGCAGUGGGACAUUCCCAACCUGUCCAGACCAACGGAACCAGUGCUCCCAGUCAGACGGAUGGUCCACUAGCUGUGAUGCUUCCACCUCCAGAGGCUCCUCACAGCGCUCCUGAGGAUGUGACAAAAGAGGUGAACGUUAUGACGGUCGCCAAGGAUCCUCGCUAUGCCAGAUAUCUGAAGAUGGUUCAAGUGGGAGUUCCAGUGAUGGCCAUCAGGAAUAAAAUGACCCUAGAAGGUUUGGACCCAGACUUGUUGGAUAAGCCAGAUGCCCCAGUGCCCGACGGAGGGGGAAAGAACCUGGAAGAGCAGGAAGCGGAUGCCAACACUUCGGAUAGCGAGUCGUCCUUUAGCGACUGACGGAUGUCCUGGCCUGUCUGGAAGCGGGCUAGCAAGUAGAUGAAUGUGUCAAGUGGCUAUUCUAAGUGCACUAGCUUGUAGCAUCUAGUGGCUAUUCCACUCAGUGUACUACAACAGUCUUUAAUGAGUAAAGCCUGGAUUAUGCUUGAAUCACUGCGCCUUCCCCUUUAACACCAUUUUUUUAUAACUCUUUGUCUGGGUUUAACGCGUGAUGUGCAAUUCUCUGAAACUAUUGCUUGUUGAACCAUUUUAUUAGCUUUUUAGCUUCCUUGGUGGUGACAGAACAAUGGCAAAUAAAGAGAAUCCGAGAGUGUAAUUGGAGCUGAGACUAAUCCUUGUAUUUCAAGUCACUUUUAAUGUAAAUGUUGAUCUGAAAUCAGAAAGUGGGCUGGACCCGCUCUGAAUGAGUCGUACACUGUUCACCCAGGAAGUCAUCUAGUACAAGACAAGCAAAUACAUUCUUUACAAUGUGCACAACAAGCUUUGCAGGAGGAGCAAACCGAUUUAUUGUAUGCUUUGGCCUCGACGCAGCAGCAUAUCCCAGGCUUUACACUCUAAAUGUCCAAUGAGGACGUUCUAGUUCUCCCUAAAAGCCCAGUUAAAGAUAAACAUUUAACUGCUGAGUUGCAGAAAGCUGAAAUGUUUUUUUGUAACUAUUUUUGCCUCAAGUAGGGUGCCAAACAUCACUAAUUAUAUGGAAUAAAAUAAAAAAGCCAAUGUUCUACUUAG